AUGAACACGCGUGUUUUAUAUUUAUUUACAAGUAUUGUGUUCGUUGCAAGUGUCACAGUGAACAUCGAAAAUGACGAUCCAAAUUUAAUUAUAAGUGAAGACAAAAUAGAGCUAUCUCCGUUUUUAAUAUCUUCCUCUUUAAAUGACAUUAUUAUAAUUUCGGCGCCAAUUAUAAACAAUAGUACUAAAUAUUAUUUGAAUCGUCCAAAUGGGCAAGUUACUCGACUUAACUUAGAAUCAAGUAUCAACUGCAAGAACAUAACAGAUGAUUAUUAUGACAUACAAAUAAAAUACUUCAAAUCCCUGAAGGUAAUAUCGCCGGUGAAUAGGUACAGGGUGUUCAAUCCGAACGAAGGGAGCAAAUUUUUUCCCACCGAUGUUUUUCGGGAAUAUGAGGAAAAAAUGGGGGGAAACGACUUCAUGAUCGGUCCGUUGGAGAUGAAUGACCAUGGGAACUGGGUGCUGAGUGCUUACUACCAGCGACGAGAUGCGAAAUGGGUAGAAGUGUUUCAAGUGAUUACUGUAGAAAUAAUAGAAGGAAUCCCAGCAGCACCAAAGAGGCCACUUUUAUCUGUUGGAGAAGACUUAGAAAUUGGGUUCGAGUACACCAUUCCCAAAAUUGAAACCUGUGAAAUCACUGCCCCAAGAUCUACCUUCGAUAGGUUUUACAGCAGGAGCAAUCUCAACUUUGGCUCCUGCAGGUUUUUAAUUCCCAACGUGACAAAGGCCGACGGCGGUUUGUGGAAAAUAAUUGGUGUUGGCGAAAUUGUGUAUGAAGCAAUAGCAUUUGUUACAAUAAGAGAUAAAGUUUUAUAG